AUAUCAACAGAUGGCGUUGCUGUUUCUUGCUUAGCAAUGGCGACGAACCUACAAAACAGUGAUGAAACUACUGUAGUAACCGAGGAAGAGAAACUUAAAACAAAACGCCCCAAAGAAACCAAGUUUAAGCAACAAAAUCUCCCAGCAUGGCAGCCCAUUCUGACUGCCAGCACUGUCCUACCAGCCUUCUUUGCCAUAGGUCUGGCAUUUAUUCCCUUAGGAGUUGCUCUGCUCAUCACAUCUAAUAAUGUAAAAGAGUAUUCGCUAGACUACACCAACUGUCACAUGGAAAAUGGUUCCCAGACCUGCGCUGAGUUUUUUAAAACUGAGAACAACACAGGGCUGACUUGUAACUGUACCUAUAACAUAACCCUUUCAGAUUACUUUGAGAAAUCUGUGUAUGUGUACUAUGGCUUGACCAAUUACUAUCAAAACCAUCGUCGCUAUGUGCGGUCAAGAGAUGAUGACCAGCUCCAUGGUGACAGUAAAUCCCCUGGCAGCCUGAAUGAUGACUGUGAUCCCUACAAGUACACCACCAUUAACAAAACCACUUAUGGUUAUGCUCCUUGUGGUGCUAUAGCCAACAGCCUUUUCAAUGAUUCGUUCACAAUCACCUACAUCAAAGAGGAUGCUCAAGAUGUUCCCGUGGGCCUGAUAAAGACGGGCAUAGCCUGGGUUUCAGACAAGAAUGUCAAGUUCAACAAUCCAACAGGUCCUGAUGCCUGGGCAAACUUUGUGAAGCCACCCAACUGGAAUAUAAAUGUAACCAACCUCGACCCUGAGAACGAGGCAAACAAUGGGUACGAGAAUGAAGAUCUGAUUGUGUGGAUGAGGACUGCGGCGCUCCCCACCUUCAGAAAACUGUACCGCCGCAUCAAUCACACCAUCCCUGAGUUUGGCAAAGGGUUGCCCUCUGGCACAUACAGGAUAGAUAUCAGUUAUAGGUACCCUGUCGUUGGCUUUGAUGGCACUAAAAGUUUAAUCAUCUCCACCACCUCCUGGUUGGGUGGCAAAAAUAAUUUCCUGGGCAUUGCCUACAUUGUGGUGGGAUCUCUGUGCAUAGUGCUGGGAGUCAUUUUUCUUAUCAUUCACAUCAAGUGGGGCAAGAAUAGAGAAACCAGUAGAACAUCCUUAAGUGUACCACCAUCAGACACUUCAGACAAGAAGAUCAGCUGAAAUGAUCAAUGUAACACCCAAGGACACCUACUGAAAGAUCUGACCACAAUGACCGCCCCUGACCUAAUGGCUGUGCUGCAACUUUCUGGAACUGUCAGAACAUUCCAGUUUUUUUUUUAUAAUGUUUCUUUUUCAUGCACAUUUUCUAUUGGCACUGCUGUCUUGGUGGGCAUUUCAUAAUAUUUUAAAUUGUCAACUUUUGUUACCCCUUUCUUUUAUAUUCAGAGUAUUUUUUAUAAUGUUUAAUCACUGAAUUAUGUACAGUUUUUUUAGCAUGAUAUAAUAGAAAAAUAUGCAUUGAGUGCAACUCUAAAAAUUAAUAUUUACCCUUACCAUUGCAGUGAGAAGUUAAUUAUGGUACGGAAUAUUGCACAACAGUAGUCUAAUACAGUAACAUGAUAAGGAUAUAACCCACCCACCAUGAAGCUAAUGGUAACAAGAUUAAAUUGGGACCCCACCCAUUAAUAAACUAGGGGAAAACAAGACUAAAUUAGACCUCCACACAUUAAUAGGCUAGUGGUAACCAUUUAGAACUACAUACUUAUUGUGCUUGAUCAAUUAUGCUGGAUGCCUCAUCCUUUUGAGGCAAGCUGUCAACUAAGUAUUUUGUGGGCCACCAUAUGAACUGGUUUAAUUCAAUAUAAACUAAGCCUUCUGCUUCAUCCAUGUCAAAUAGCUAUUUAUUUGUACUGCUUGUUACCUUUUGAAUGAAAGUAUUCUAUUCCAAUGUCAUUGUUGUUAGUUUUUGUUAAGAUGUUUAUAUUUUACUGCAUUUUUUCAUAUUGGUCUUGAUUGUUGAGGAGUAUCUUUAUAGAAUAGAUGCUAGAUUGGUGUAUGAUUGUUUUAUUGUUGACAUGUAUUAUUGAGGAAUUGAUGUUUGUUUGUGUGGGAAUCUGUGUGUGAUUGUGGUGAAUGUGUGUGUAUGUGAUAUCAACAUGAUUGAUGAUUGGAUGAGUGUCACCCAGCUGGUCUAGUCAGUUUGUCAUCAGCCAUGUUCAAAGUUUCCACCAAUGAAAACGUAGCUAUUUUUAUCUCCAACUGUUGUCAGUUUGUGGGGGUGAGCUUCAGUAGAGAGGUGAACUUGGUUUCCCAUUGCUCAACUUGUGGAAUCAGCUGUCUCCAGUCUCUGUGCCAGACAAGGUUAUGGCCCUUGUCUCAUACUCCAGCAUUAGAUCUCUACACUGAAGUAGUGGGGUGCCAGCUAGUCUGAUGGUGUAGGUACCUGACCACCCUGUCAUGCCAAGUUGAGGCGAGCCCAUGGUUGUCUAGAUGAGGGCUAGUCCCAAGGUUUGGGUACCUCCCAUUGUUAAGCUUAGGGGUGCUUCCCAGUCGCAAGUUAGAGAAACUAGUAUGCUAGAACAUCGGUGACUUGAAACAUCUUUACAGUAGCCUGGCAUGUGAACACACUAAAUUGUCAAAUAAAACAAUGCUGUCUGCA